AUGCCGUUCAAUUUACCGGGCGCGCUAGUGCCUUUCCAAAUCCUCUUCAAUCCCAGAGUAAUACUACCCAAUCUAGCCAUAAAAGAUAUUCGCCAUCUGGACUUUGCAGCUCUGAAAGAGGCAGGGUACCGAGGCAUAGUAUUCGACAAAGACAACUGCAUAACUGUGCCUCAUAAGGACAACCUGGUACCAGAAUUGACCGAAGCCUGGGAAGACUGCCGGAGGACUUUCGGAGAUGGGAAUGUGCUAAUUGUCAGCAACUCCGCUGGUUCACACUCAGACCCUGCGGGAAUCGAGGCCGAAUCGGUCAAGCGGAAUCUUCAAGUUCCAGUUCUUUUCCAUGCGACACCAAAACCCGGCUACUCUUGUGUCAAAGCCAUCCGUACUUACUUUUCCUCGCUCCGCGAUCCCGUGCGCCCAGAGCAGCUUGUCAUAGUUGGCGACCGGAUAUUCACAGACGUCGUGCUCUCGAACAGAAUCCGACUAUCGGAGCGUGGUUCUGGUUUCCUGCACAUGUGGUUCCGCUGCGCAUACGAACGAGGGGGGGCUACGGUGAAGGAAAAUUUGGACACUGCGCAUCGUAGCAUUGAUUCGGGGCCGCUGUCCGUCUGGACGACGGGCGUUUGGAAGAAAGAAGCCACUUUCAUGCGUUGGUGUGAGCGCAAAUUGGUGGAGUUCGUGCGUCGACGGACCUCACCCGAGGAGGGGCAUGAUGCCAGCAGUCCCUCUAUCUUCAUCAAAACUGUGGCGGAACAACCCGCGCUACCCGCCAGUCGUUUGCGAAAAGUCUGGCAAUUCUUGUCAAGGACAUGAGUAGGCUGGUACGUCGAGGUACUAUGCUUGUGGAGGACCACCCUGAUAUGCAGCGUCUCUGCUCAGCAUAGAUCACUUCGCAGGUGUCAUUUCUAGGCGGGCAUCAUGGGAAUAGUGCAUGUACACACAGUGUCCUUAAACCCGUGUACUUACUACGAGAUGUCCCAACCCCCAACUUCGGCAGCACACAAUCCCU